AUGACUGUUGAAAUUCAAAGCGCUAGCCACAGCUCGGCUCUGCCUUUGGUGCAGAAGCUAUCCAAGGACCAUGACUUGGUGCUCAAGACUUUCCGCUUGCUGAUUGCCGACCUUUGCCAGCAGUUCAAUGGCGGACACCCUGGUGGUGCAAUUGGUAUGGCCGCGAUCGGUGUUUCGCUGUGGAAGUAUGUGAUGCGCUACGCACCCCACACUCCGGAUUUCUUCAAUCGCGAUCGCUUCGUUUUGUCCAACGGUCACACUUGCCUUUUCCAGUACUCUUUCCUCCACCUGACCGGCUACAAGGCCAUGACUUUCGACCAGCUCAAGUCCUACCACUCAGACCGCGUGGAUGCGCUAUGUCCCGGACACCCAGAGAUUGAGCAUGAAGGAAUUGAAGUAACAACCGGACCUCUGGGCCAGGGUAUCGCAAACGCCGUCGGUCUCGCCAUGGCAACCAAGAACCUCGCCGCUACCUACAACCGCCCUGGGUUCGACGUGGUGAAUAACCACACCUGGUGUAUGAUCGGUGAUGCUUGCUUGCAGGAAGGUGUUGGUCUUGAAGCAAUCUCGCUGGCUGGACACUUCCGUCUCAACAAUCUCACCGUCAUCUAUGACAACAACCAGAUCACAUGCGAUGGCUCCGUCGACCUCACCAAUACCGAGGAUGUGAACGCCAAAAUGCUCGCAUGUGGCUGGAAUGUUAUUGAUGUUACAGACGGUUGUUUCGACAUCGAGGGUAUUGUCAGCGCGCUUGAGCAGGCCCGCGCAUCCACUGACAAACCCACUUUCAUCAAUGUCAAGACUGUCAUUGGUCUGCACAGCAGUGUUGCUGGCACUGCUACCGCUCACGGUGCUGCUUUUGGUGCUAAGAGCAUUGUUGACAUGAAGACUGCUUAUGGCUUCAACUCUGAGGAACACUUUGUCAUUGGAGAGACCGUGCGUCGGUUCUUCCAGGGCUUGCCCGAGCGAGGAGAACAGUGGGUACAGGAAUGGGAGCAGCAGAUAAAGGACUAUUCUGCUCGGUAUCCUGAGCUUGGAGCGGAGUUCCAGGCUCGUGUUCGUGGUGAGCUUCCUGCGAACUGGCAGGAGAAGAUUCCUGCCAGCUUCCCUGAUAAGCCUACUGCUACUCGUGCUGCAUCUGGUUUAGUCUUCAAUCCCAUUGCUAAGGAUGUGAACUCUUUCAUGGUUGGUACUGCGGAUCUCUCGCCAUCGGUGAACAUGAUCUGGCCUGACAAGGUCGACUUCCAGCAUCCUGACCUUCGUACAAACUGCGGUAUCAACGGUAACUACUCUGGGCGCUACAUCCACUACGGUGUCCGUGAACAUGCUAUGGCCGCCAUCUCAAACGGCUUGGCAGCCUACUCUCCCAACACUAUCAUCCCUGUAACCUCCACCUUCUUCAUGUUCUACCUAUAUGCUGCACCAGCUGUACGCAUGGGUGCCCUCCAGCACCUUCAGAUCAUCCAUGUCGCAACUCACGACUCAAUCGGCAUGGGCGAGGAUGGACCAACCCACCAACCAAUCGAGCUAGCCAACCUUUACCGUGCCAUGCCAAACCUCCUCUACAUCCGCCCAGGAGACAGCGAAGAAACAGCCGGCGCCUGGCUCGCCGCCAUCGGAGCCAAGAACACUCCCAGUAUCAUCUCCACCUCCCGCCAGACCCUUCCCCAGCUCUCACAAACCCGUCGCGACAGCGUUGCCCUGGGUGCAUAUGUUCUAUCAGAGAAUGAGUCGGCGGCAGUCACCCUCAUCGGCGUCGGUGCCGAACUUUCCUUCGCAUUGGAAGUCGCCGAACAGCUCAAGACCAAGAAGGGUAUCAACGCCCGUGUCAUCAGCUUCCCUUGCCAGCGCUUGUUCGAACAACAGCCACUCCAAUAUAAGCGUGACACCCUCCGUCGUCAUCGUGGUAUCCCCGCUGUCGUGAUUGAGCCCUAUGCUCCAAACGGUUGGGAGCGGUACGCGGAUGCCGGAAUCCAUAUCAACCGCUUCGGUCACAGUUUGCCUGGUAAGGCGGCUUAUAAGUUCUUCGGCUAUGAGAUUGAUGCUCUGACAGCUAAGGUUGCCGGUUACUUGGAGCAAAUUAGGGCUGAUGAGUUGCUUCGGGGCGAGUUUGUUGAGCUUUGA